CUCCUCCUCCCACAGUCCCGCCCUCCUUGUCCGCCAUGUCUAAUGAAAAGAACGUCAACCGGGGCCUGCGUCGUGGGCUGCUCUACGGGUUCAUCGCCUUCAUCGUUCUCUGCUGCCUUCUCGCUCUCGGCCUCGGACUGGGUAUCGGACUCAAGAACCACACCCACCCCACGUUGGGGGAGAGCUUCAUCGCAGAACCGUCAGCCACCGCAAUAGGUACCCCAAUUCGGCGUUCGGCGAAAUGGUUGCUCCAAUCGUGACGGACAUCCUGAGGACGCGGCCCCUCACCUGCUACUUCGCGUGGCACCGUGGGCGCGGGCGCGGGCGUGCCCAUGCGGAUCAAACAGUCCAUCGACAAGCGGCACGACUUGACAUCCUGUAUACGACUAUCUCAUCAGUGCUCAAUGAGCGCUCGUAGAGCGGAGGCGUGGAGGUAGGGGGUUUCGGGCGAGCGCAGCAGGUUGGGGUCUAUUAUUUAGAGAGCCAGCCGCCACGAUGAUAAUGCGGACUCUUCAUCUGGUUGUAUCGUAUGUUUUAUCAUCGACUACGUGUUGACUAUGAAAGUCAACGUAUAAUGAACUCAAUACCUUACUGACUUUGUGGGCGUUGUAA